GUUUAGAUGAUAAAAAAACAUGCCGGCGACUUUACCGGAUAUUACAGAAACCAUUGGAGUGCUACAACUCAAACUCUCUCUUCUGAAAAGACUAUUGUUCUAUGAUUUGAGACUUUACGCAUUGACAACUGACAUUUUUGAUGACGUUUGUAUGUUUUUAAUGCAUUUUUGUAUCACUGUGUGAUUGUUUAUUUGUGUUUUCAUGUUUUAAACACUUUUUAGAUGUGUAUUUCACCCGUUUUUUAGGAAUUUGCUAAGGCGAUUCCAGCACAAUGAUUUUGAAAUUUCUUAUAUUCUAUAUACUUUUGGAUAUUUGCCUAGCUAAUAACUACGAUGUACGAUUGAAAAGCAAUAGCCCUGUGGUCAAAGGGGGCACUGUAACCUUCCAGGCUGAGGUGUACUAUAACAGUAAUUUAGAUAGUUCAGAAUUUUUCAAGUACAUUUGGGAGGAUGAUGCUAUUCCAGAUCACCGAGCUCAAAAUAUGCAUACUGAUGCUCAUGACACCUGGAGUGUCACAUAUAAUGCCAGUAUUUACCCAGCUGGAGAUUAUAUUGCACAAGUAGUAGUGAAGAAAUGUCUUUUGAAUUUAUUCUGCUAUGAAAUUGGUUCACAAAGAAUUCAAUUCUCACUUACAGAAACUCUGAAUGGAAAUCUGUCAUUGAAACAAGGCAACAUCACUAGAGAAGAUGCAUUUGUGUCAAAUACAGAGACAGUGCUUCAAACAGUAGAAUUAAAAAAGUCUGAUAUGGACUACAUCAGCAAGGCCCCAGUUGUAUUGACAUAUUGGUUUGUGGAUUGCACUUAUUAUGGAAUCACACCUGAUUUUAAGUUUAGAUUCAACUUCACUCAACCUGAUACAGUUCAUACUGUGGAUGCCUUGGUAAUGGCUGACUUCACUCCAUUACCUCCGACUACUACCCCUGCACCUAGCACAACCACAACCUCCACAACUACUACAAAGCCAACAACUACUACAAAAGCAACAACAACAACUCCUAAACCAACAACAAAGCCUACAAUAGACAGUACCACCACAAAAAAACCAGUGACUUCAAUUACAACGGUAAAGCCAGCGAUAUCCUCAGUUCAUCCCGUGAGAAAAAGAAGUGUCCCCAUGGACCAACCAUCAAACAUCACUGCAAACAUCACUUCUGUGCAUUUGGACACACUGAGCAGAAAUCCUAAGAUAAUCAUUUUACCAAAUGGUCCAGCACUUCCUCACAAUAUACCAUUUGUUUGCAAUUCUUCGGAAGUUUCCACAGAUGAAGUCAAGAGUUUUGGAUACUUUUCAAAGAAAAUUAACGUAAAAGCUCCUUUGUCUCAUGUGAAUGUUUCUGGAAACAACUGGCUUCAGCCUGGUGACUUACUUUCAUUAAAAGUGAGUUGCAAGGGCUCCAAAAACAUAGAAUACUGUGUUGAAUACACAAAAGGAGAAUAUAACGUAACAGGAAAUGAAACUUGCACCCGUUAUAUUCCUUUGGAUACAUGUAGCUUUUCCAUCAAGAGGUAUCUUUCUAACCCAAAGAAUACUAUAUUGAUCAUUUUGAAGAAUGAAGUCAGCAAGAUUGUGACACCAGUUACUGUCAACAUUUAUAAAGUGAAUAAGCAGCCGCAACUUUCUGUAAUAGUAGUGCCAGUAUCAUUUAGCUUAGUAGCAGUUGUACUGAUAGUGUUUGGAAUUGCUUAUUACUUCCAAAAUAGAUCAAGGUUCCUAGUAGAAGUAGCAGACUUCAAUUUUGGCCAACAAUACAGUGACAUGGAAUACAAGACGUUCAACGAACGGCUGCGUGAUUCCGUGAUGAACGCGUUCUUCAGAGGUCCCACGCCCGCCUCUUCGGAGGGGUCCGUGUGGCCCCCUGGGCGAAAGUACGGUAGCAUGACCUCGCAUGGGUCCAGCUAAGAGUACAAUAACUAUCAAAUAAUAAUCUCUGCACCAACUGCUGCUGCUGAAGUUCAGUUUACAAUUUUUAGAUUUUUACUAUGGCGUAUCAGUGAUAUUUCAAGGCUGUUUGCGAUUUGAUUAUCUCAAUCUCUCAUUUAGAAUAUCCCGCGUCAGAUACUAUCGCUAGACUUCAGUUUGCUGAGAUCUUGUUAUUGGAAUUCGUUGCGUGCACCUUCUUAACAUUAUUAGGGUACCUUCAAUUUGGGAUUUUGACCUUGAACAUGGGUAAAUAUUUCAGCAUCUUGGAUUUAGGUUUGGAAAAUCAUUGAGAAGGUACCUUAUAAUGCAGGCAAGAGCAUGUCUGAAAUGAAUUGCAAUAAUAUUUAUAAAAAGACGAGUAUAAUGAGGAAAUCAUAACUUUAGUCAGGACAAUAACCUUGCCUCCACCAAGAAUCAUUUUAAUAUUCAUUCUUUAUCAUGAUGUGGGAUGAAAUCAAUUGAUUUAGUGAAUGCAUCAACUUUUUCAUAAAAAAUCAUGGAUCAUAUAUUUUGUAAAAGUUGUAUGCACACAUUGAUUUUCUAAGUUUGCACAAUGAUAAACCUAAGAGUAAGCUUCUUAGAAAAUAUUUGUAUGAGUCAGCUGUGCAAUCAUAGCCUCAUAGUUUUGACAAAAAAUGUUGUAUCAAUUUUGUUGUUCAUGUUUGAAACUAUGCAUAUAGAAGUUAGUGAGGUCAAAGUUAUUAUCCAGACUAAGUUGACAUGUGGUAACGGAGUGAAGAUAUAAUCUUUAAUUUGGAAAUAAUUUACCAUUUUACUGUUAGAAAAAAUACACACGUCAAGAUUUUAUAUUUUUAAAAUAAUUUGGUUUUUGCACAUACUAUUUAUUUAUUCUGCUUUAUUUUUAUUUAUUUUUAUAUAAGAUAUCAAAUAUGGCUUAAUCCAAUCUAUCCAAUAACUAUAGUUACUUUCAGUCAUCCUGAAUAUUGCUGGAUAUACAGUAUUUAUAUUUAGCAUACAUCCAACUUGUGGUAUGUGAAAAUUGGAUAUUUAUAAUUUACAUAUAGCUUAACAAGAAAUGAAUUUCCAAAUUAUUGAUAACAAGGCAAAAUGGCAGAUUUUAUGAGGCAAAUUAUACAUAAUUGUUUUAAAUUAGUAAAAGUAUAUCAGCAGAUAAUUAUAUUAGUGCAGAUUAAUAUAUCUUAUUUUAAACCUCAUUUUAUUUGAAGAUACUUUUAACAGAUCAUUAAGCUGAUCGGAAAUUGGAAAUGUUUGAUGUAAUUUAUUUAUAAAAAUUUUUAUAUAUUUUUGCAGUGAUGUGUAUGAUAUAUAGCAAUAUACCUCCAUGCAAGAAUUUUAUGUUAUAGUUUUGAAAUUAAAAUAACUUGUUGAC